UUUUACCUCAAUUUUGUUUCGUUUUGGUCUAUGAAUUCAAUUUCAGUCUUAAGUUUUUGCAAGUGAUAUUAUAAUAUGGUAUUUAAGACCGAAAGGACAUGUGGCCGAUCAAAUUUGCAUCGAAAACAGCCAGAAUGGUAAAACUGUGCAUCGUACUGGUUUUGUGUGCGUCAUACAUGACGUCAGCAGUUAGUGAAACUUGCAACGAGACGCCAUCAUGUUCCCUUUUUCCAAACCAAGACCGUGGCGUUGUUUCUGUAGAAGAUGUUACUCAGAAAGUGCAGGGAAAGCACUGGAUAUUGAUUUACGUCUCAAAGAUUUCACCAUUACCGCAGACCUAUGGAAAAUGUAACUUCAGAUGGAAUACUCCUGACUCUGACCAGAAUAUAAGGAUGGAGUUAAUGUGCUUCAAUUCCACCUUAAAAGAAUGCGGAAAUUACGAAAGGAUGAUCACACGGAAAGUGUCUGACUGUAAUCGAGCAGAGGAGAACGGUGUAAAUAGAGCAAUGGUUGCGAAGUUUUACAGUCAGGAUUUGAACGACUAUUUCUGGUACUACGCGUGUUAUGAGUACGACAAUGACGACAAAUGCACGACGGGAUUUCUAGAUCUUCUCGUCUGCAAAUCUAGAUACCCUGGUACGUAGAUAAUUUAACCAUUUACCUAUUGAAUUUGUGAAAUAGAUUUGUCUUGCUUUGAAUCUGGAACAGUACACUCAUAGAUUAAGGGAGUUCAGUAUAUAAUAACAAAAAUAGAUAUAUACAAACAGUAAAACCUAUGUUUUUCUAUACGGCGGCAAAACCGAAUCAUUUAAAUGUAAGUUAUAUAGUUAACGUAAAAACAUGAGUCAACAUGAUCUGCUUUAUUUCUUUCUAAAAGGUCCUUUUUAUGUAAUUCUAUUUGUUGUUUUCUCGUAUAGAAUGUACGCAAUAUUCUCUUUGGAAACUAUUCAACGCUUGUCAUUCAAAUGACUUGGGAGUGUCACAUAGAAAAUUUCAUCUUAACAACCGUAUGGAAAUACAAAAAUGUAUAGAUCAAAGAAUGUUUCUAAACUCAACACUAAACACUGUAUCAUAAUAAAAUGUUGAGUUCUGCUCGUGAAAUGAGUUUGUAAAAUGGAGUAUGGACGUUUACUAACAUCCAUGGACAGGCUCACUAACAUCCAUGGACAUGCUCAAUAAAACCGAGCCUGCAACAUUUUCAAUUGUGUCGUAUUAUCCGCCCUUAAAUAAUUUAAUUUGAUAUAGAGUUUAAUUAUAUUUUACGAUGUUGAAUGACAGUUUCUUUACAUGAUUGGUCACUUUGAACAGCGUAUAUAACGGACACAUUUUUGUUUGGUUUAUUGUCGCACCAACACAGUAUAGGUCAUAUGGCGUUUUUCCAGCUUUACUGGUGAAGGAAGACCUCAGGUGCCGAUCUGUACAUUAAUUCAGCCACAAACGGGAACCUGUGUACAGCCACCGACGUUCUGAAAGAUAGCCGGAUAGCUUUUUCACUGCUGGCGAGAUGCAAGUGGUUUGACGUCAUUAACCAUUCGGCAACGGACGCCCAUUCCGUUUUGUGGCUUGACCAAUUUUGAAUGUUAAUAUGUUUUUGUUGUUUGCUAAAAAAAACUUAAUGUAAUCUAAUUUUUACAAAAAAAAUAAACGGUGUCAAACAGCUUUGCACCUGAAUUGUCGUUCAGGUAUUCGGUGUCUGGUUUGUAUUUGGUCGUUGUCUGGUCAAUGUCUUAUCGUUGUCUGGUCUGUGUCUUGUCGUUGUCUGGACUGUGUUUGGUCGUUGGCUGGUCGUUUUCUGGUCUGUCUGGUCUGCGUCUGGUACCAAAGUGUUUGCAAAGGCAAAUGGGAUAGCUAUCGGCAGGAUUUAACUAUCAAAUUUAUAUUUACAUCUACAAAUGUAUA